GCACUUGGAAGGUUCAACUUAUCGUGUCUGACUAAAGUUUCAAUAACGCCUUACUAUUUUAAGUGAAAUUCAACAUGAUAAAAAUUGUAUUUUUUUUGAUAAUUUUCAUUUUUCAUCACAACGCGGCUCAAAAUAUCGUUUGCUAUUAUGAUAGUCACGUUGCCAACUAUCCUAAUCCACUACUACCGGAUGCAUUGAGUGCUGCAAAGUGCACUCAUUACACCUACAUCGGUAUUGGAUUGCACCCGAAUGGCGAAAUACGGUUUUUAAACGAUAAGUUCGACACAGAUAUUGGCUUCUUGUUUUUCCAAAGCCUCCGUACAGCCGAAACAAAAUUGAUGAUCCUGCUAGGGGGAAUUCACGAGAGCAGUGCCACAUUUUCCAAAGUCGUAGCCAAUUACCAGGACACCCUCAUCAAUAACAUAGCCCUGUUUCUGACCCGCUACAACUUUGAUGGCAUCGACAUUGACUGGCGGUACCCAGCAAGUCGAGGUGGCCAAGCAUCCGACAAGGCCAAUUUCCAGAAAUUCAUCAUUCGUCUUCGAGCUAGGCUCAACAUGAUAAACAAGCUGUUGGCGGUGUCCGUUUCGCCAAACAAGUCCGUGUUCUCUGGCGCUUAUGAUAGCACAACGUUGAGCUUGUAUGCUGAUAUGAUUAAUGUAUUUGCGUUCAAUUUUACCGAUGUUGUGGAGACAACGACCAGUAACAUUUCCCCAUUGUAUACCGACAUGACUAGCCCAGCAAGCGUGAACUCAUCAAUCGUCGAUUGGAUUUCGACCAAGGUACGGAAAAGCAAGCUGAACCUUGUGGUGGCCACGUACGCCCGCACGUACACGUUGGCCAGGGAAACCCGCACGGCCGUGGCAUCGCCAAUUAGUGGACUCGGAGAUGCCGGAUCAAACACCCAAAAGGCCGGCUAUUUAGCGCAGUACGAGCUAUGCCCGUUGAAAACAAAUUACGCAACCAUUGCCGACGGUGGCACCGCAACCGUCUACUACACAAAGGGUUCGAGCUGGAUUAGUUCGGAGACGGAGGACACACUGGCUCAGAAGUACUCCUACGCGGUGAUAAACGGCCUUGGCGGGGUGGCCAUUUAUACGCUCGAUUGGGACGAUUGGACCAAUGAUUGUGGUAUGGGGUCGUUCCCGUCCGCUGCCCUUGCCCGGGAUUAUCUGUAUUCUGGUACAAACGGCGCCUAGAGCUAUUGAUUUUUCAAUUUGCAAUAG